AUGGCCAUUACGAGUGAGGAUCAGGCUCAAAACAGUGUUGUCAAACAAGUCCAGGAACAAAUGGACCAGAAGAAAGCUGAAGCCAAAGAAAAGAAGAAAAAGAUAAGCUUUGCGGAUUAUUCCACACGUUUCAAACAAUCUGACAAGCAAAAUGUAGCAAAGUCAACGAUAUCCAUUUCCUCCCCACCAACAAUCACACCAGUCCCAGUUCCUUCAGUUCCAGUAACGGCAGUGGAAGUUGUUCGCGACCUGACCUCAGUUUCUGCUGUUCCUGUGACCAGUGCCAUGGAAGGUCCAACAGUGGUGACCUCAUCCACUCAAGCUGGAAUCUAUCCUCCAAGUCGCUUUUCCAAGGCUGGCUUAUCAAUUCCAGCUGCAACAGCUUGUGUCUCUACCCCUAGUCAACUCACAGAGCCUGAGCAAAUCCCUGUCUCAGCUCCAGUUUCAUCUCCAAUCCCCACUCCUGUCCCUGCCCCUGUUCCAGCCCCAGUACCCCCUCCACCUACACCAGUUUUCUCAGCUUCUGAACCAGCUCCAGCUCAGAUGCCAUCACCAUUUUCAGUGUCAGCCUCAUCAUUACUACCCUCCCUAACAUCUGAUCCUACAGUGUCACCAACCCUAGUUACAUCCACCUCUGUACCUCUGAUAUCCAGCCCACUCCAUCUCCAAAAGUCUCAUGAUCUCUCUGGUGAUGUCUCUUCCUCAAACCAAAUCUACAUGCCUCCAUCAGCUCUAUCAACUGAUCAAAAUACACCAAGUGAUGAUGUCAAAGAUUCAGAAUAUUUUCCUGAGUCCCCCACAUCUGAAGUUGAGUCAGCUACCAAAGAUACAUCUCUUCCUUAUUCCCCAAAAGGGAGUGCUGACUAUAUAGACCCAUAUGCAGCUGUCAAGAAGAUUAUUCAACUUGAUUUUUCCAAACUUACGCAAAGUCCUGUGAGUUCACAAGCUCAGAGAAGCCCUGGGUCUGCCUCUUCUUUGAGUAAUCCCUUUGCUAGAGAACUGCCAAAGAGUCCAGUAAUUCAAGAAUCACAGAAUAGUCCACAGAAAUCCAAUGCUCAUCCACUGUCAGUGAGCACACAGAGCAGUCCAAGAGUGGCAGAUAGUCCAUCUUUUCCUGCUUCUAUUGUUACAGAUAGCCCUGCGCACCCAGGAAUUCAGUCCAGUCCUAAAUCUAGUGUUUGUUUAUCGUCUGUUCUGCCUGGAUUGUCCCCGUCAACAUUAAGUCCGGCAACACCUCAGAAACAGCCUUUAACUCAAUCGGAGCUGCAGAAUGAACCACAGCAAGCCACACCAAAGGAUAUGAGUCAAGACUAUGUCAAGGAUCUUGUGACUAAACUUCAGUCUUUUGGCGAUGUCAAGGACUUAAUAUCUAAACUUGUUCAGAAGGGACCAGCAGUACAACCUCAAACCGAGCUUCAACAAGCUCCUCCUGAGAGAUACAGAGAAAUAAGUUCCUCUCCAUUUCAAGGGUACCAUACUGGUGACUCUGGACAGCAAGGAUUCAGGCAUAAUGUGCCGUCUGCUAGAGAACAUCUGGACUUCGGGGAUGCUGAUACAGAUGCCAGACAGCACAGUUCAAGAUGGUCGUCAUGGCAGAGCAGCCAAAGGGACCGAAAUUACAGAGAUUCAGACUACGACGAUUAUAAAUGGAAGGACUCGAGAUACAGUGGGACUGAGUCUUCACGGCAGUAUGGGGGUUCUCAGUUUGAUGACUUCUGGAAGGGUCAUGAUGAGGAUGUGGACUACAGGAGGAGGGACGACAGGAGACGAGACACGAGGUACAGGUAUGAUGAUGACCGUAGAUCACACGAAUCCAGAUAUGAUAGGAGAUCAUAUGAUCACAGGCCGAGACGUGAUAGCCCCAGACAUGAAGAUGCCAGUAGGUAUGGUGAUGUUGACUAUAGGAGUUCCCGAUACCACUCCCCACGUAGAUCUCCGAGAUCAGACUACGGGAGAAGAGACUCGCUGGAUCAUCACCGUGACGAUUCAGCACCGAGAAGGAAAUCCUCUACAGCAAGUGUUGAUCAGUUGAGAGUGGCAGAUGAUUAUGUGAGUUCUGAUACAGAUGUGAGUGACAAGCGGAGGUACGAACCACGAGGUGAUAACCAUGAAUGUGAGGACUUGUGUGAAGGGGUGUGGAUGGCCCCACGGAUAGAAGGUGGUGAAGUUAGCAGUGAUGUGGAGAUGACUCCAGUAAAGCCCUCCCCACCAGACAAGAUGGACACAGUAGUUUCAAACAUCCUCACGGAGGAAAAGAAAGACAGUGCUGAUGACAAGCCUAUCAAGCGGUCACUGUUCACAGAGAAAGAAAGGCAAACUUCAACAGAGCGAGAGCAAAUCAAAAAACCCAAGCUCCGUGACAUCACCGAGGUGGACAACACUGCUGCUAAUAUUCCGCCAUCACUGAAGCCUCCAGCCACCAAUCCGAAGCCUGAGGAGGCGGCACCUGUAGUCCAGGCUCGGUCGUGGACUGAAGUGAUUGAGAAAGAGGAUCUCAAGAACAAGAAAGUAGUUCAGGGGAGUAAACCUGAUGCGGGCAAGAAGGUUAAAAAGAAGAAAGUGGACAAAGAUUUAGCCGGUUACAAGAAGAGAAGAAAGCGGAAAAAAGAAGCUUCCUGUUACUACAGUUAUGGGACAGAGAGUGUGUCGAUGAGUGUGACGUCGCUGGCGUCUAGAGCUGCAUCACCUAAUGUGGAGUUGGCACAAGUUGGUGUGUGUCGGUCGGAAGAUGUCAGCAGUAUUCAAAGUUUACAGCCGAAAGUGGAGCUGACCGACUAUAUACAGCAGCUUUUGUGGUAUUCAGUUCCAAUGCGGGGAGAGUGUCCGAAGUGUAAAGUUGUUGCCAGCUCUAUUCAGCCCUAUGUACGACAUCUGGAUCUUGGUCAGGACAGCAUCACAAAGGAAUGUGAAUCACACAAGGAGGAGCAUGAUAGCUCUAAGAUGAAAGCAGAAAUAAAAGCAGAACCAGAUUUGUACGCUUUCGAGUUUCUGACAGAUGUGAAACCAGCUUUAAAAAUGGAAGACACAGUGAAAAGUUCUCACUAUUACAAAACAAAUACAGUGGUUGGACUUGAUCUCAUAGCCCAAGAAGAAGAAGAACCAGAGCAUCUUGAGGAGCUUCCAACAAAAGCUGAAAAGAUGGAAGCAAAGAAGGAGGAAGUGAAGACAGAGGAAAUGAAGGAGGAAGUGAAGAAGGAAGAAGAGACAAAUGAGAAGCUGACCCAGAAAGUAGAUGAGAAAAGAGGAUAUAACUCCAUUGAAGGUGACAAACCUCUGCAUCUGAAACUCAAGAAGAUUUCCACCAAGAAGGAAGCAAGCUCUCUGAGUGAGAGAGUACAGGAGAAGGAAAAAAGAGAUGUCAAGUCUAAAUCUACAGAGGAAGAUCUCGACAUCAAUGGAACUCACAACACAUUUAGUCCAAUUAAAGAUAUCAUGAAACGAAAACUGUCAAUUACCUUAUGUGUUGGGGGAAAGAAGAAGAAAUCUGAAGCAAAGACCACCAGUGUCCAAUCUGAGGUGAAGGUCGCUGAUACCAGAACUACUUCAUCAGCAGUCUUGUUGCCCGUACCACAUCAUUCAGUUAUAUCACCAGCUGUGACUCCAUCAUCUCCACCGGCGUCUACGACAAUGGUGUCUGGACCGACAACAAGAAUCAUUCCUACAGUUCAGUACAAGAUGGGUGUGAAGAAGCCUGCAUCCUCCAUUCCUGCCAGCAGAAGCAGUUCCACCAGUUUUGACAACAAAGACUCAUUGCAAUCUGAUUUGACGACCUCUAAAAGCAGCAGUGUCGCUGAUGAACAAAACAGCGUUGUCAAGAAGCCCAGUGGUCAAUCUAUUCCUGUUCUAGGUAAGAGUAGAGGAUGCAGCACACCCCCAGUGUCUGCGUGGGUGCCAGUUGAAUCUGCACCACCAAAGACAGAAACUCUAACUACAAGUCUUGGCCAAAGUACUGUACAGUCAAUGUGGAUUCCUACCUUCUCUGCUGCUUUGUCUGGUCAACCUUUGGUUCUGCCUGUUUCCUCACAGGUUAGGCCUUCAGUUCCUCCUGUCCAACCACCUCAACCACCACCCCCAGUUUCAGCUCCAGGAUUUCUCCAGCCAGUCAGUACCAGACUCCCUCCAGUAAAUACGAUACCUCCUCAAGGCACAAUGCCACCAGGACACCCUGUGCCAACACAGCAGCAACACUUGCGGUUUCCUCCUCAUCCUGUACAGGCACCUAUCAUGCGGCCACCUCAUAAUCCUAACCUUUCUCAUCCUUCUGUUCCAUUGAGGUUUCAUCAGCAGCCACCACGUUUACAUCAGCCGAUGCCACAUCAUGUGCUGCAACCUGCAGGACCACCUCAGCCUCAUAUGGUACCGCAGCAGCGACCACGUGUUAUGCCACCUCAGACAAUACAAACAACUGCUGGUCCUCCUCCACUGAGACCCCCACAGUCUGUUGUUAGACCUCAACCACCUAUGACACAGCCACAACAAGUACAUGGAAUGCAGCGUGUCAACAUAGCCUAUCCUCCUCCCCCUCCACGCCAUGAGAAUACACAGCAACCAAUAUUAAGACUACCAAACUAUGGGUUCUCACAGGUGUGCCGACCUAGAGGUAUGACAGCCCUCCCUCCACCUCAAGUUGCUUCUAGUAUUCCUGUCCUUGGGCAACAUCAGGAGAGAAUGCCAUUGCCUCAUCCUGGACCGCCAACUGCCCAACAUGGACAACGACCCUACGUUCCCAGUGGUGUUCCUAUUCAGAGACCUCUCUUCAACCCAAACCAACCUCCUCCUCCUCUUCCAGUGCGCCCAAUGUCAAUGUUGGUGCAUGUUCCCACUUCUGGUAUGCCCCCCUCAGCAGAGCCACGGAAGUCUAGUGACCCAGCGGACUGGUUUGCUGACAUGUUUGCUCCGAAACCAAGAGAAUCAUCUUUGCCAAGAGAGUCAACACCAGAAUCUCAUCAGCCUUCCCCAGAGAAGCAAAGCACCAAGGAACAUACACCAGAAUCUCAGUCUAUGUUUAGUAAGCCUUCAGACAGCUCUAAGUCAUGGAAUCUUGCUUUCGAUAAAGGAGGGAGUAACGGUUCAACUUCCAACCCUUCAAGUUCUACAUCAUCACCAAUAAGACAGGGUCCUUUUUUAGGCGAAUCUAGCCGGGAUGCACAUGCUGGGGAGGCUGUGCAUGCUGGCAAUGACAUAAAAACUUCACAUUCCCCAAACAGGAAAGUUGUUAUUCGGUCGGUCAUCACAAGACUUGAAUCAGAGAAAACUCUAUACAACUCACCUGAACCGAACUCUAACAGAAACUCUCUCAGCCCAUCACCAGGACCCAAACCAAAGGAUAAAUUAUUGGGACAGCCAUUGGAUAUUUUAUCCAAGGAAAGAGAAAAGAUCCUCAAUGCACUCGAGGACCUAUCUUACAGUGCAAGUGACAGUGAAGAGAAUCAAGAAAUGCGAAGAAAGGAAUUGAAUGCUCAUGAUACAGGAUCCUCCCAGGGUGUAUUAUCCUCAACUGAUGUCAAACCAUCUACUGAUAUGAAGUCUUCACCGGAUGGAGUGUCAUCACAAGAUGUAACAUCCUCAAACGAGGUGAGAUCUUCAAACGAAGUAAGAUCUUCAAACCAGGUGAGAUCUUCAAGCGAAGUAAGAUCUUCAAGCGAAUUGAGACCUUCAAGCGAAGUGAGAUCUUCGAGUGAGGUGAGAUCUUCAAGUGAUGUCAGAUCCUCUAGUGAUGUGAGAUCUUCAAGUGAAGUCAGAUCCUCAGAUGAUGUGAAAUCCUCAAGUGAUACGAGGUCCUCAAGUGAUGUGAAAUCCUCAAGUGAUAUAAGAUCCUCAAAUAAUGUGAGAUCCUCAAGUGAUGUAAGAUCCUCAAAUGAUGUGAGAUCAUCAAGUACUAUAAGAUCUUCAAGCAAUGUAAAAUCAUCAAAUGAUGUGAGAUAUUCAAGUGAUAGGAGGUAUUCAAGUGAUAGGAGAUCCUCAAAUGAUGGAAGAACUUCAAGUGAUGGAAGAUCUUCACGGGAAUUCAGAUCCUCAAGUGAUGGGAGAUACUCCAGUGAUCGGAGAUCUUCAAAUGAUGGAAGAACUUCAAGUGAUCGGAGGUAUUCAAGUGAUAGCAGAUCCUCACGGGAAGUAAGACUCUCAAGUAAUGGUAGAUAUUCAAGUGAUAGGAGAUCCUCAUCUGAUGUUAGAUCCUCAAGUGAUGGUAGAUAUUCCUCUGAUGUAAGAUCCUCAAGUGAUGGAAGAUAUUCCAGUGAUGUAAGAUCCUCAAGUGAUACAAGAUGUUCAAGUGAUGUAAGAUCCUCAAGUGAUGGAAGAUAUUCCAGUGAUGUAAGAUCCUCAAGUGAUACAAGAUGUUCAAGUGAUGUAAGAUCCUCAAGUGAUGGAAGAUAUUCCAGUGAUGUAAGAUCCUCAAGUGAUACAAGAUGUUCAAGUGAUGUAAGAUCCUCAAGUGAUGGAAGAUAUUCCAGUGAUGUAAGAUCCUCAAGUGAUACAAGAUAUUCCAGUGAUGUAAGAUCCUCAAGUGAUGGUAGAUAUUCCUCUGAUGUAAGAUCCUCAAGUGAUACAAGAUAUUCCAGUGAUGUAAGAUCCUCAAGUGAUACAAGAUGUUCAAGUGAUGCAAGAUCCUCAAGUAAUGGAAGAUCUUCAAGUGAUAGGAGAUCCUCAUGGGAUAUCACUUCCACAAGUGAUGUGAGAUCCUCUGGCGAUGUAAGACAUAACAUAAAGUCUUUGCAUGAGGCAAACUCUUCUAGUGAACGAGACAGUAGAAAGGUCUGCACCACAAGCAGAAAUGGUCCAAAGAUGGAACCAGUCAUUAUUCACAUUGAUAAGGAAGAUGUAAGAAAAGUUGAAUUGCAGGAAAAAGCAGAUUCAAAAGAAAACCGAAAGGAGACCAGUUUGAAUGUUCAGGAAACAUAUGAUAUAAAACAGGACAUGAAACCAAAGACGUCAUCUUCUGGAAGACAAAGACAGGUUAUCAACACGGGUGCUACAGAUUGGUCAACUUUGCUCCUGAGCAAGAGUACCAGGUAUUCUGAUCACAGACGUGGUUCUGAUUUUGUGAGGAAAUCAAGGGACACUGUUGAUUACAAUGAUGAACUGUCAUUUGAAUUGUACCGAUGUGAUCAAGAGAAGCUUGAGACAACUGACACUCCAGAUGACUCUUCAAGCAUCUCAGGAGACAGUAUUGAAGACCUGGAUGAGCUCAGUCACAAGCUGGUGUCAGAGAACAGCCGAGAUGAUGGGUCUGUUAGGAUCGUUCCCCUCACCAUUGAAACAUACUUGAAGUUUAAACUUGGCGUUUUGGAUCCAAGCAAGGUAAAGGACAGAAUUCCAUGGCCACUGAGCACUGUUUUAGCUGAACAAACGAAGCAUAAAAGAAGAAGAAUGGUUCAGAAAGCUAAAGUUGUUGCAGCCCAUUAUGAGAAGAAGUUGGAGAAGAAAGCCUGUGGCAAUUUCCGCCUGUGUCCUGAUGACUCGAUCACAGAGGUAUCUCUGGAGAGGAAGCUGGAAGACUUCACCAAGGAACAGAUCCUUAUGGAGCUGCAGGUGGUUCAAGAGUGCAUCAAGAAAUGUUCCGAGGCACUACAAAUGACCAGACAAGACUCUGCUCCUAGUCAAUCGUCAGGAUUGCAGAAUUGUGUGAAUCCGCCCUUGAAAAAUCCUCCGAAUUUUCUCCAGAAUGGUAUCAUGUCACUUGAAUUGAAUUUACAGAUUGCCCAAAAUACUGUCAACCUCAUGACAAAUAGUGUGGAAUCAAGGUCAAACGGUUUGUCUGUAAUGCAGUGCCAUCAGCAGAUGCCGGGUGAUGUUCAGGGAUUGGUGAAAACAAACAAUCUGAGUCACAUUCAGCCAACUCAAGGUCAGUGGUUCAACAACCAGUAUGAAGGGACACAGUGGAAAGACAUAAAGACUCUGUUUGGAAACAAAGGUCCAUCAGGUUGUCCUGCUGACAACUGUAUAGAUUUCUCCAGUGACAUGCCUAUGGAGGUGGAUAGUGUACCCUCUGGCCAAGGUCAUGGCAGCAGUCAGACUCUGAGUAGACAAAAAGAUGCCCUACAGCAGGUGGCCAGUGACUUGAUGGAAGGAUUCCAGAAGUUGAGCUUCAUUGGCCGAGCACAUCAAAAGGUUCCAGAUGACAUUCUGCUCCAGAGUGAGAAGAGAAAGUACCACUCGGAAGAAGGAUGCUUCUUGAUUCUGUUAUCUGCCAUUUCCAAGAAGCCCUAUGCUCGCCUCCUGUCCAUGAAGCUGGACAUUGAGAAGCUUGUGAAGGAAAAGUUAGAAGCAGCCAUCAAGAAUCAGACAGACUUAGUGCAGAGUUUGAAAAAAUGACAUUCAUAAGCUUCAUGAUGACCGGAAGAAGCUAUUGACAACCUUUACUGGCUCUUUGGGCAAGAAGCGGUUAAGGAAACUGAACCUUGUGAAGACCAAGUACCAGGUGUGUGUGGGCUAUCUGAACAAGGAGUUGGGCUCGGAAGGGCUUACCCGCCUCAAGUACUUUGCCACGCUGCACCAGACAAUCAACACUCAUGUGACAAUAGUGCGUAAAGAGCUGGCCUCACCAACUCUCUAGAGACAGCUCCCUCUUCACAAGAAUCAAGUUUAUUAUUGAUUCUACAACAUGUAGUGUUACACAUGCUGUAUCAAACCCAUUAGAUAUGUUUGUGUUGCCAGUUGUAAGUGUUUCAGAUUAGAAACAAAACCUGUUGUCAUUUACUACUUAAUUUCCACCAUAAUUAAUUUUGUGUUGUGAAAUGGAAGUUGAUGAAAGGAGACCCUUAGAUGCAAGAUGCUCAGAUCAAGGCCACAAAAUGAAUGUUAGACAUAAUGUUGUAUGUGUUUGUAGACAUGGUACCAGUUUUUAUAUACCUUGUUAUGGACUCUGCUUCAUAAGCUUCAUGCAUGUCUCAAGUGUUCACUGAGGUGAGUUAGGUAGGUAAUCUGGCCCCUGUGGUGGUGUAAUAGACAAAAAUGGGUACUAGGUGUUACCAACUGGUGGUAGUGAGGACAGGAGUUGCGUGGUUGUGUUUUACUCUGCUUUUAGCAACAUUCUAGCAAUGAUGCUGCAGGGGACACUAGAAAUGGGCUUCACACAUUGUACUCAUGUGGGGAAUCAAACCUGGACCUAUUGUGUGACAAGUGAAGGCUUUAACCAUUAGGCUACCCUACUGCCCUGACCUCUUAGGAAGACCAAAUCUAUGUUGGUUGUUUGAUAUCCUCUUUCUGCUGAAAGUGUGAUAAGAUGUCUCAGGUUCAUAGUGUGGUAUUGUCAGUCAGUUCAAAAGUGACGUCUUUAUAAUGCCUUUGUGGAAUUGGGCCUGUAUUGCUCCAUAAUACCUCAUUAGGAUGAGAAAGCCACAAUAACUCGGUCAACUCGGUGCGCCUAGUGGCUGCAAGAGUUGUAUACUCCCCAGGGAGUUCAGAUUGAUAAUGCGAUGUGCCGUUGAGAUUGACAUCCAAUGA